AUGAAACUGUCAGGCUGUAGAGUCACAGAAGAAGGCUGUUCUUCCCUGGCUUCAGCUCUGAGGUCAAACCCCUCACACCUGAGAGAGCUGGAUCUGAGCUACAAUCACCCAGGAGACUCAGGACUGAAGCUGCUCUCUGCUGUACUGGAGGAUCCCAGCUGUAAACUGGAGAAGCUGCAUGUGGAUCACGGUGGAGAGUGCAGGACCAGAGCAGGCUUACAGAAAUACUCCUGCCAGCUGACGCUGGACCCCAACACAGCAAACAGAGAAGUGUCUCUGUCAGGGGGGAACAGGAAGGUGACAGAGGGGGCAAAGCAGCCAUAUCCUGAUCAUCCAGAGAGAUUUGACAGCCGCCCCCAAGUUCUGUGCAGAGAGAGUCUGACUGGCCGCUGUUACUGGGAGGUUGAGUGGGAUGGAGAUGGAGCUGAGAUAGGAGUCACUUAUAAAGGGAUCAGGAGGAAAGGAGGGAGUGACUGUGGGCUUGGAUACAAUGACAAGUCAUGGAGUCUGUACUGUAAUACUAACAGUUACUCUGUCUGGCACAAUAAUAAACAGACUCUCAUACCCAUACAGCCCUCAGGCUCCCGCAGAGUAGGAGUGUAUCUGGACUGGGGGGCUGGUGCUCUGUCCUUCUACAGAGUCUCCUCUGAUGGACUGACCCCCCUGCACAGAUUCACCUCCUCAUUCACUGAGUCCCUCUAUCCAGGGUUUGGGCUUCAUUAUAUAAACUCCUCAGUGUCACUGUGACGUGUUGCUGGUUCUCCUGGCAAAAGGGUAAAAUCUCUGCUUUUUAACCUUUAUAAUCCUUUUUACUCUGAAAUGUACAGAACUGUGCAAAAGUCUGAGGCAGGCAAAGAAAAUGAUGUUUAGAUUAUCCUCCUGUUGGUGUAAAACUAUGAUAUGAUGCCUGUCAAAGUGUGUCAGCUUCGCCAUUUCAGAACCUCUGCUAAAAUCAUCCCAGUAUUUGCAGUGACCGUCCAGUGCAGCCAUGUAUUUUUUGACUUGGCCACUAACACACCUCAUACAGCUAGUCAAUCUCUCACUGACUUUUUAAACCAAUAUAUUUAUAUAUUUAAUUGAGCUAUUUGUGAAAUUUAACAAAAUCAUGGAACGACUGAGGUGCCCCUGAGGAGAAGUUUGGGAACUGAAGCGAUGUUCAUCUAGCCAUCCAACUAGAUAUCAGUAACUUUUUAGAAAACAGAAGAAAUUAUUACUAGUUUUUAUUGUGUUACUCUUAAUUUGUUCUAAUGUUAAAUUGUGUUUUUUGUUCUAAGCCAAAGUACAUUUGCUACCCAGAUAAACAGCUUUAAACAUUUCUUUGGCCUAAGACUUUUGCACAGUACUGUAUGUUUGACAAAAGAUAAAUGACUGUGUUCAGUGAGCUGAAUAAACAUGAAAAAUAUUGUUUUUUAUACGCUUUCUCUCUGACUAAAAUGUAAUUAAAUGUAAUCCUGAUUGGGGGGGGGCUAUCCCCUUCUCCUGUAUAUGUACAUUUUAUAUAUUAUAUAUUUAUCUCCAUUUACAGUAUUUCCUCCCUGUACAGUGACAAUAAAGGCUUUCUGUUCUGUCCUA